AUGGCUGAGAAGGCGAAGGUCCUGCUCGUGGGAGCAGGUGGAAUAGGCACGAUGACGGCCUUCAACCUCGAGCAAGGCGGACUGGCAACCGUGACGGCCAUUCUUCGCUCCAAUUACGCAGCAGUAAAGGAUAAGGGCUUCACAAUAGAUUCAUGCGACCACGGAAAAUUCGAAGGCUGGAGGCCGACCCAAGUGCUCCAUAAAAUCCCCGAGCAAUCGACGACGGAACCCUACGACUACAUCAUCUGCACGACGAAGAACAUCCCAGACAUCCCACCGACUCUGGUCGACCUGAUAAAGCCAGCUGUGACACCAGGCCAUUCCGUCAUCGUACUCGUCCAGAAUGGCCUCAACAUCGAGAAACCGCUUCUCGGCGCGUUCCCCGACAACAUCUGCCUCUCGGGCGUGUCCUUGAUGGGCGCCGACGAGCUAAGUCCCGGCAACAUUCUGCACAACGACGUUGAUAGGCUCUACAUUGGCGAGUUCGUGUCCGACACCGUCGACAAGGACAAGCAGACCGCGGCGGCCAAGGACUUUGUGAGGAUAUAUUCUGCGUCUGGGAAAGUGCAGUGUUCGUACCAGCCAGAUGUGCUCUUCGUCCGGUGGCGGAAGCUCAUGUACAAUGCCGUCUGGAACCCGAUAUGUGCGCUUACGGACCUCGACACAUCGCGGUUCCGCCUUGCUUCGGAGGAGGGCGACCCCGCGAGUCCGCUCAAUCUGCUCAUCAGACCGGCGAUGAGGGAAAUCAAAGCCGCCGCGAAGGCAGUCGCCAACGUGGAUUUACCGGACUCCCUCGUCGAGGACAUGGUCGAGUGCGACCCAAUCGAGAUCUUCUGUGCGCCCAGUAUGUUACAGGAUCGGCGGAAGAACCGAUUCAUCGAGUUCGAGAAUAUUGUUGGAGAAGCGUUGAGGGCAGGGGAGAAGGCUGGAGUGAGUAUGCCGAUAGUGAGGACCAUCUAUGGGCUUUGCAAGGCGGUUCAAUGGAGGACCAAGGACGUGAGCGGCAUGGUCGACCCGCUGAAGUUGAUGGAGCAGAGGAAAGCAAAAUAG